CAGCUUCAUUGCUUUCUCCGUCUUCCCAAUGGAUUGUUCCGUGUGUAGGAACCCCACUGCAUGAGAUAUCUUUCUGCGUGAUCUACCGACAAACGAACCACUUCCCUCAUCUCACCACUCCCUCGGCUCCAUCAAGAUCGACCUUGACCUUGACAUCAUCGCCAUCUCCGCAACUCGACUAUCUUAACGCAAACCUCACUCACCUCACCUCACUCACCUCAUCUCAACCUCCAACUCAUCCACCGCCCCGAAAACAAAAACCCAAGAAAACAAAAAUGCCGCCCUCCCACAAACGCCUCCUCAAAGAAGCCUCCGAACUCUCCGCCUCCCCAUCCCCCCAUUUCCACGCCGCCCCGGCCCUCGACAACCUCUACGACUGGCACUUCACGCUCGCGGGCCCUCCCUCGCCCUCACCCUACGCCGGGGGGAUCUACCACGGCCGCAUCGUCCUCCCACCAACGUACCCUCUCCGCCCGCCGUCCUUCCGCUUCCUCACCCCCACCGGCCGCUUCGAAGUCAACCGUGAGAUCUGUCUCAGUAUCUCGGGCCAUCAUGAGGAGUCGUGGCAGCCUGCUUGGGGGAUCCGGACGGCGCUGAUUGCCAUCCGGAGCUUUAUGGAUGGGGAUGCGAAGGGGCAGGUUGGGGGGUUGGAUGUGCCUGAGGAAGUGAGGAGGGAGUAUGCGAGGCGGAGUGGGGGGUGGUGUUGUGAGGUUUGUGGGAGGAGUAAUGAGGUGAUUUUGGAGGAGUGGAGGGGUGAGUGUAGGGAGAAGGGGGUGGUUGUUGAUGGGGAUGGAGAUGGAGAGGUGGAGGUAGUGCAGAGGCAGGAUGGGGAGGAGACUGAGACUAAGGUUGAUAAGAUGGAGGACGGACAAGACUCGAAGACGGAGGAUUCGAAAGCGAAUGGUUCCCGCGAGAACGGUCUAUCAGAGCAGGUCUCUGAGCGAGUGCCGGAGGAUGCGAAUGUCGAUUCUUUGCCAGAUGCGGGCUCAUCUGCAAAGAGCGAACCACUGCAGGAACAGCAGUCAUCCUCAUCACUUGCAUCUGCGUCUGCGUCUGCGUCUGCAUCUACGACAACGUCAGCACCAACACCAGCAUCAGCACAGCCAGCUACAUCGUCAACAACAACGACACCACCCACUCCAACAAGAACCACCCAACCCGCUGUCGCUCCUGUCUCCCAAUCCACGCACCCCGAUGCAUCGCAGGACGGUCCCUGGUUGGAUCGAGCAAUCGUCGGGGUUCUGAUCGCGCUUGUGAUUUUCGAAGCUUUGCUAAAUAAGGCCUCUUGCAGCUGUGGCUCUGCCACACGCCCACCGCGUGCCUACUGCACCUCCAAGACGCCUUCUACUCCUACGUCUCCGUAUCUCUAUGUUCCAUGCCCAGAUGCCUCACUGGUAGGAGCCGAGACCUCCGCUCGCCAGCUGGCCUUGGUCGCCACCUUCAGCCUGGCCAACAUGGCAAUUUUCUUCUGUCAGAAACUGAUUCACGUCGCCAUACGCUACCUGGCCGGAAUUCCUUUGCUCUCCAUAGCGACCCCAGAGUUCGUUCUCUAG